AUGAGUUCACCUACGAGCCGUCGGCACCGCAACCGCGGCAGUUCAGACGAACAUGGCAUCUUCGACGAUGCCAAGACGUACUACACCUCAGAGCGUCACAACAAUCGGGCGGGCCCUCAUGAACCCUCGACCUCUCACGGGCGGCGCUUCCUCGUCAAUGUUCAGUCGACCUUGGACAGUCUCCAGGAACAAGAGGAUACCGACGGAAAUAUGCAGAUUACCAUCGAAGACGAAGGGCCCAAGGUUAUCACGCUACGUACGGCGGGCUCGGCUGGCCACAACAAAUUUGACAUUCGCGGUACAUAUAUGUUGUCGAAUCUACUGCAAGAGCUCGUCCUUGCCAAAGAGUACGGACGAGAACAGAUCAUCCUUGACGAAGGCCGCCUCAACGAGAACCCAGUCAAUCGCCUUUCGCGCAUGGUCAGUGAUCAUUUUUGGGAUGGCCUGACGCGCCGAAUCGAUGCCUCAACCGUGGAGAUCGCUGCCAAAGACCCCAAAGACUGGACCGACAACCCUCGUCCAAGGAUCUACGUUCCGGUUGGGGCUCCUGAGCAGUAUGAAUUCUACCUUCAGGUUGCGAAGGACAGACCGGAGAUCAACCUCGAUGUCCAGCUUCUUCCCGAGGUCAUCACGCCUGAACUCGUACGUGGGAUGAACGACAAACCUGGACUCCUAGCUGUGGCCAUGGAGAAGGUGAAGGACGAGAAGACGGGUGAGGAAACCCUCAAAGGUCUGCCUUUUGUUGUUCCUGGCGGUCGAUUCAACGAGCUCUACGGCUGGGACAGCUACAUGACGUCCCUGGGUCUCCUUGUUAACGACAGGGUUCAGCUCGCCAAGUCCAUCGUCCUGAACUUCUGCUUUUGCAUUGAGCACUAUGGAAAAAUUCUCAACGCCACCCGCUCCUACUAUCUCUGCCGCUCACAGCCUCCUUUCCUUACGGACAUGGCGCUCCGAGUCUACGAGAAGAUCAAGCACGAACCUGACGCCAAGGACUUUCUCCGCACUUCGCUGCUGGCUGCCAUGAAAGAGUACCACAGUGUCUGGGUGGCUGAGCCGCGACUUGACCCCGUCACUGGUCUUUCCAGAUACCGACCCGAGGGGAAAGGCGUCCCUCCUGAGACGGAGGCUGACCAUUUUGUCCACGUGCUGGAGCCCUAUGCUGCGAAGCACGGCAUGACGUGGCAGGAAUUUGUCAAAGCUUACAACGCCGAGGACGUCAAGGAGCCGGAGCUUGACGAGUACUUCAUGCACGACCGCGCUGUACGCGAGUCGGGCCAUGAUACGUCGUACCGCCUGGAGAAGGUCUGCGCAAACUUGGCGACCAUCGAUCUCAACUCCCUCACUCUUCAAGUAUGA